AUGGUCGGCCCAGCCCCCUUUACGCCAAGAGCGAUCCGUAGCACAAGCGUCCCACCCCGAAGAUCCGCUCGAUUGGCUGGAGAACCUCCAGGAGGAGAAUGGGAAUUACGACCCCACUCACACAGACAAAACGGCGUCUUGAUCGAACGCACAGUCAGAUGGAAUAGAUGGGAAGUCAAAUCGUAUGGAGAUUGGUCCUACCGAGUCAACAAAACCUCUCGCAGGAAGCCAUUUUACCCAGGACAGCUCAUUAUGGCAAUGGAUCUUCAUCCUCAAACCAUCCUCAGCAGACCACUCACCGAUCCGCAGAUUGCCCAGACAGAAUGUGGACCGGUCAAUGCUAAGAUGAGGGUUAUGGUCGUCAUCAACACCACGUUCAACGGUAUUCUGUGUUUACCUAUGUAUACUCAGACCUCAAACACCGUCAUACCUGCACCGAGAGUUCGAGAGAUGGUCAGUAUCAGCCAAAAUCGUUCCUGGCCCGGUGCUACACCCUGGGUAGGCCCACCACUCCAUAUGACAAUGUAUGGGGGUUCUCAGUACGCCGCCAACUCCUUCAUCGAGUUGUGUCAACCCGUCCAUGUUCUUGCCCAAUCAAGAAUCAAGGACAUCGGCUAUAUAUCUGGUGGAGAAUACGCUAGAUUGAUCAGGCUUUUGGCGUACAAGGAGAAUGAGGCGAGAAGAAAUGCUUUUCAACUGUACCACGCCCAAUACUUUACCAAUCAGAUGUGGGUGCCGGGCGCAAGAUACAGAAGUUAUCACAAGGCGCAGAUGGACAGAGUUACAUACAUGAGGUGGCGAUAG